CCUUUGUGUCACUUCCUGAUCCGGGGAGGGGAAGCGCGUGCGCUUGUUUAUCCUGUGGUUUUAUCACGAGCUGCAAAUUACACAGUUUUCAGACUGUGGUCCUGAAGAGGAUCCUGUGCUGGCUUUCUUGAACUCGACAUGUGCUGCGUCCGGCAAAGUUUAGAGUUGUAAAUAGAAUUUUUUUGUAGACGGACGGACUAGAGUUUGGAUGUUCUGAAAACACCCCUGACCUGGGAAAACCAAAAACACUCUAUUUCCUCGAAGGCUGCAGGUUUUGUGGAGUUUAAGCCAUGUCGGACGGACGGAUCUACGUGGGAAACCUUCCCAUGGACGUCCAGGAGAGGGACAUUGAGGAUCUCUUCUUCAAAUACGGAAAAAUUCGGGAUAUUGAGCUGAAGAACAACAGAGGCACCAUCCCGUUUGCCUUUGUGCGAUUUGAGGACCCACGGGAUGCGGAGGAUGCCGUCUUUGGAAGGAAUGGAUAUGGAUUUGGAGACUGUAAGCUGCGUGUGGAAUACCCUCGUUCUUCUGGAUCCAAAUUUAGUGGACCUGCGGGGGGAGGAGGAGGAGGAGGACCAAGAGGAAGGUUUGGACCCCCGACUCGCAGAUCUGAGUUUCGGGUUAUCGUGACAGGUCUUCCUCCGACUGGCAGCUGGCAGGACCUGAAGGACCACAUGCGGGAGGCCGGAGACGUGUGUUUCGCAGAUGUGCAGCGUGACGGUGAGGGUGUGGUGGAGUUCCUCAGGCGGGAGGACAUGGAGUACGCACUGCGACGUCUGGACAGCACCGAGUUCAGAUCCCACCAGGGAGAAACGGCCUACAUCAGAGUGAUGGAGGAGCGAGGCACAAGCUGGGGCCGCUCACGCUCUCGGUCCAGAUCUCGAGGACGAUACACGCCUCCAUAUCAGAGCAGAGGGUCACCGCCGCCCCGCUACCGCUCUCCCCCGCGCCACAUGACCCGCCAUAGCCCACCGUCCCGCCGGCCGCCGCUCCAGCACCACAGCCCGCCGCCGCGCCACUAUCGAUGAGCGCACCACAGCCCGUCACCACACCCUUUACGUCUCUUGAUUUCGUAAUUUACAUUCCAUUGUAGGAACCCGAAUGGCCUUAUUCAUCGUUUAUUUCAUGGAGAGUGUGUAACCGAUGCGCAUUCGUUUACAGAUGCUUGUCGAAGAUCUGAAGAUGAAUAACCCGUUUAGUCCGUUGUGAUUAUUUACAUGAGGCAACACGACGAAGGAUGUGCUGUUUAGUGCUUUAUCUGGUCCAUUUCAUAGACAUGACAGUUUUAUUACGUUGUGGGGGGUUUUAUAUAUAAUUUGAGCAGAAGGUCGACAUUUUAAAGAGAUGUUUCUUUAUUGAAUCUCCCCAUGUGAUUGUUUAUUUUAAUUUUUUGGUUUAUUGUUCUGUAUCGUGAGGAUUGUAUGCUUAAUUUUAUUUCUUUUUUCUUUUUUUUAAUUAAAGCAUUGAAUCAGA